CGAUCAUUUUUGUUUACAAACCUCUAAUGCAACCAAGUAAUCCGAUCAACAAAUUUAAUAAUAUGUUCAAUGCUGAAAUACUAUAGGUGUUUUUCUUUACACGCGUUUAUAAAAACUAAAAUACGCUAAGUGUCAAGAAAUGAUACUUUAGCAUGGUGGUAAACUUCUGAAUCAAACUUGCAUUAGGUCUAGGGUUCGAAACCUGACUGCACAAGUUCAUUUUUAUUUUCAGCUUCGCUCACCUCUCUCAAUCUCGUCCGCCGCCGCUCUCUCUGCUGCCUGCCGUCUGCCACUUGCCGGAAUAUCAGAUUCCGAAAUUCAAUCAGUCAGACGAUGAAUUCUCAAAACUCAUUUCAGCUCACAAAACAGUUAUUCAUCGAGGAAGAUGAUUAUCGUCAAUUGUCACUUUAGAAAGCCUCAAUUUUACGAUGUUUUCGGCAUCGGAGAUCAGUAAAAUCGCCGAAGUUGAAGUUUCUCGCGGUGCUUAUUAUGAUGGCGAUAAAAGGCCGAUUGCUAACGGUCUAUUAGACCCCAAAAUGGGUUCCAUGCUAGACGUAGGUGGGAUACACUGCAGAAGCUAGAAUUUUUGAAAAAGAUGAGGAAGUUAGAUUCAUUGCACAAAAUUGAUCUGAGGAAGACGAUCAUGAAGAAGUUUGUCAACAUAAAAGAAAUAAAGUGCUUAAGAUGCGGAUACAUGAAUGGAAAGGUGAAGAAGGGCGUGUCUCAAUUAGCUGUAGUUCAUUGUGUCCCAAAACACAAAAGAGUUGAUGAAGAGGAUAUGGUUGAUGAAGAGAGAGAAACAUACUCGAUUAAAACUAUAUAUCCGCAUGAUGCACUUUUGUUAUUCAACCAAAUGCUGGAUCAGGAAGGUGAGCUGCUCUGUCUUGCUGAUAGACCGGAGAAGCUUAUAUUUACCAAUUUAUUAGUUCCUUCAGUGGCCAUUCGUCCAUCCGUUUUUGUGGAUGGAGGAACUCUAAGCAAUGAAAAUGACAUUACUGAGAGGCUAAAGAGAAUUAUUCAAGCAAAUGCUUGCCUUCGUCAGAAAAUGGAAAAAUGUUGCAACUCCCACAAUUUUCUGCCAUUGUCUGGGUUUGUUCAACGCUUAAAGGGAAAGCAAGGACGUUUUCGUGGAAACCUGUCAGGGAAGCGUGUCGAGUUCACAGGAAGGACUGUCAUAUCUCCUGAUCCUAAUCUGAAAAUCACAGAGGUUGCAGUUCCACUACCAAUUGCAAAAAUCUUGACUUAUCCUGAACUUGUGAACCGUCAAAAUAUAGAAAAGUUGAAGCAGUGUGUGCAAAAUGGGUCAAAGAAGUAUCCAGGUGCAAAGUUUGUAGUGGAAUCCAAUGGUGAUAAGACGGAUUUGUCAUUUGGUAAUCGAAAAAGGAUAGCCAAUGAACUGAAGUUUGGUUCUAUAGUUCAUCGUGACCUGGAAGAUGGUGAUAUUCUUCUUUUUAACAGACAACCCAGCUUGCAUCGGAUGUCUAUGAUGUGCCAUAGGGCUAGAAUAAUGCCAUGGAGAACUUUGAGAUUCAAUGAAUCUGUUUGCAAUCCAUACAAUGCUGAUUUUGAUGGUGAUGAGAUGAACAUUCACGUUCCACAAACCGAAGAGGCUCGGGCAGAGGCUUUAAUGUUGAUGGGGGUGCCUAAAAAUGGCACCAUUUUGGUUGCUUCCACUCAAGAUUUUUUGACGUCGUCAUUUCUAAUUACGAGGAAGGACACAUUUUAUGACCGUUGAGUAUUUUCUCUUAUGUGUUCUUACAUGGGAGAUGGGAAUGGAUAUGAUUCGUCCUGCUUAUAUGGAAUAUGGAAUAUCUGAUAUUUCUUUGCAGUUAUAUUUGUUUGGUAGAACUUGUACUA